AUGCCACCUGGAAAAUUUCGUCUAUCUGACACAAUGUCAAGAGAAUGGCGAACAUGUCCACGUUGUAAGAAUCGCUUCCUCAAACCAGAGGUACUGAAUGCCGACAAACACGGAUACACAAAGUAUUGGUGGAUUUGUGAAAAUUUUAAUAAUUGCAAUUUCCCACUCGAUAUGCCAUCCAACAUCUACCAUGUCACCCAGAGCCCGGCUCAAAAACAACAAAAAUGCAUUCCCCUGCCGGAAAUCUUCUCGCUCCCCGAAAAGUAUCAUUAUAUGUACCCCCUAACCUUUGUCAACUCUCGACCCAAUUCUCGAUGCUCCAGUGUUGUCUCCUCCCACGUGGCAAACUCCAGAAACGACACUACCAUCGAUUCAUGGACCGAUGGAACGCUAUCGGAGAAGUCUAGUGGACAAAAUAGGCUGAAGGCGUUGAGUCUGAAGUCUGGAGGCACUAUAAACACCAAUUCGAAUACGCCAUCCACGUCGGCGCAGUCAUCGGAACGAGGAGAACAUGAGAAUAGUGAUAGUAUAGAUGAGGAGGUGGAGGCGGCCGCGAAGAAAUCAACGACGCGGUGUAGAGUUGUGAGAAGGAAGCGGUAUCACGAUACGAGCAGAUCAUGGGCGGCGCUUAUCGAGAAAGUGUCCGCUGAUGCGCAUACCGCGAACUCGAUUAUCAAUAUGGAGGAAUCGGAACUGUUCCAACGAAUGAAGGAGUUUUUCGACGCGCAGUACUUCCAGAGAACCCCUAUGGCGUUCAAACGUCCCGGAAUACGCGUCACGUAUCGUGUGGAAGAUGUGGAGAGUUGUUUGGCAGCUGUCACAAGUGCUGACUGGCGGACGGCUCGAAUGAAAAUUCCGUGUAUGACGGUGACUGAGAAACAGUCGCUGAGGACUGCAACGUCGGAAGAGCUGUUGAAAAGUGUUGGAAUUGAUUUGGCGGAGAUGAAGAAGGCUGUGGGAGAGAAGGUUGGAAAAGUUAUGCGAGGAUUCAGCACCGAAACGCUAACGAAACGAAGGAAGAUCGAGGAAGAGCGGAAACUCGAAGAGCAACAACGCGAACAAACUCGUCAGGAGACAAUACAUCAUUCCCUUUCCGCGCGAAUUUUGAAUCGAAAAAUGCGGCGAGACGAGGAGGAACGGUCCCGGGCGAGCACUCCAGCGUCGUCCGUUCAUGAUUUAGCUCAUGAUGUUCCUGAAUACCACCAUCAGCAGCCUCAGUCCAGCCACCAAUUCCAAGAACCCGCCGCGCCCGUUCAAUUCAGUUUGGGCGAAGAAGGAGAGCAAGAGCAGCAGUGGGGAUUCGAUUUGGAUGGUCUCUACGAGAGUAUACAUGCUCAGAACUAUCAAAACCACGUGGCAACGGAUCCUCAAAACCCGGUGGACGCUAUCCUAUCCCAGCUAGACGAGGAGCACCAAGAGCAUCCUGUAGAAGGGUUGGAGCAUAACGGAGAGCAUUCUGGAGAUGAGCAAGAGGAGGAAGACGUUGGAUUCGGUGAUUUCGGUGCCAGUGACGAUAAUUUUGCUGCUGAUAAUUUUGGUUUUUAA